UUACCAUACAAACAAACAACAACACUCCACACACCUUUCACAUUCUUAUCUCUUAUCUCCUCUUAUCUUUAUCUCUUAUCUCUUAUCUCUCAUCACCAAUCAUGAAGAUUCUCACCAAGCAAGAAGAAGAGGCUCACUAUGCCGAGGUCCUCAAGGGCGGUAUUAUCGGUGGUACUCUCUUCACCGGUCUUGGUCUCGCAGGCGUUUUUGUCGCUUCCAGACGGUAUCCCUCAUUCCGAGGCCUGACCCUCCCCUUCAGAGCCUUCCUCGUCACUUCAACUGGUACAUUCGGCGCCAUUGUCAAUGCGGAGCGAUGGAGUAUCGCCCAUCAAAUCGCCCUGGACCCUAAGCGCACAUACAGGGACCAGGCAGCCCGCACAGCAGAUCUGAUCCGUGAAAAUGAGACAGCAUAUGAGCGCUUCAAGGACUACGCCAAGGAAAACCGUUACCAGAUUGUUUUCGCGUCUUGGGUGGCGUCUAUGGGCAUCGCUUUCGCCAUCGUGAGCCGACAGCCUAUGAGCACAGCCAACAAGGUUGUUCAAGCUCGUGUCUAUGCCCAGGGCUUGACGCUGGCUGUGUUAAUAGUGUCCGCUAUCUACGAAAUGAGAGAUCUCAAGAACGGCGACAGCAGGUUCCAAACUGUCAGAAUGGUCGACCCUAAUGACCCUACCAAGGUCAUUGAACAGAAGAUCCACAAGGAGGACUACGAAGGCCAGGACCUCUGGAAGGACAUGGUCGCCGCUGAAGAGCGCAGACUUGCAGCCAAGAAGCAGCCUGCAGGACAUUAAGUGAAAAGGUCUAUCGAAGGGGUCAUUAAUUGUAUACAUAAUCGCAUUGGGGGGCAUACCAGGUUGGCAUUAUAGACGGAAACGGCGCAUUGAGCUUUUCUUUGUUUUCAUCCUGAGGGAUUAUUGAAUGAGUUGAAAUGAAAAGA